ACACCACAAACAAGCAGUGAUGCUCCUGUUACUGGCUGUCUGGCAGCAUGUUUGUCUUGCAGACAUCAAAGAACUUUCCAAACUUAAAUAUUUAUAGAAAAUCUUGUGUUAUCCCACCCUACGUCUAGAGAUGCUGAGGGCAAAUGGGGUGCAGAGCAUGGAGAAUGAUGAACUUCCGCCAGAGGAUGGGAUGGAUUGGUGUGGGGCUGUACUUGUUAGCAAGUGCUGCGGCUUUUUAUUAUGUCUUUGAAAUCAAUGAGACUUACAACAAACUAGCACUGGAGCACAUUCAGCAACAUCCGAAGGAGCCACAGGAAGGAACCACAUGGACGCACUCCUUAAAAGUACGACUGCUAUCCUUGCCUUUUUGGCUGUGGACUAUAAUAUUUUUAAUACCAUAUUUACAGAUGUUCUUGUUUCUCUAUUCCUGUACAAGAGCUGACCCCAAAACUGUUGGGUACUGCAUCAUUCCUAUCUGCUUGGCUGUUAUUUGCAAUCGUCAUCAAACAUUUGUGAAGGCCUCUAAUCAGAUCAGUAGAUUACAACUGAUUGACACUUAGCUCAAGUUCUAGUUUCUCUUGCUGUUUUGAAGCAAUUGCAUAUGCCUGAUCUAAUCACAAGACUGAAGUUCUGAGUGAAGGCCGGAAAGAGCCCUUUCUUUCAAACUGAUAAGCAAUGAAGAGAGUGACUGUUUUCUAUUUAAAAAAAAAAAAAGUAACUAUAAAGGUUUUUUAAUUAUGGGU